UGGGUGUCUGUGGCGACAUUCCCGGGAAAAAAUCACAAGCGGCGCAUAGUUAGUGACGCGUUUUCCAUCUCCCAUCAGUGGUUGGUCUGCCAGAGAGGGUAGACGGAGCUAACGCAACAGGCUCGCUCUUCAACUCACUUGCGUGUGAGCAGUGUACUGUUUUUUCCGGUGUCUGCUAGUGUUAAAAUAACAGAGGGGGGGGGGGGGGGGGUUAUGGAACCCUGAAAAGUUUCUGUGUACCAUGAGAGGUCAUAUUAUUUGUUGAUGUAGAUUUUGUAUUACAUUUGAUGACAAUGUCACGUUACUAAAUUACAUAGCCUAGUAAUUUGCACAGCUAAUGCUAGCUACCGGACCAUGUCAAGAAAGGCAACAUUAGUUUAGACAACGUUUCUAAAGAUGUCAAACAGAAGAAAACUAAAUAAAAGAAUACAGCAGUAUGGAUUAGCGUUAUUUUAUUACGCUUCCUCAUAUGGUCCUUCAGCCUUGCCCUUUUUUGAUGAAAUCUCCUUUGUUUUUGUUUUAUUAUUCUUGUUCUGAUUGCUAACUUAACACCCAGCUCCGCUUUAUUCUCAAACAGUUUGCUAGCAAAACCAGAAACACCAGUGGUAACAUUUUGCAAGGCAGUUGUUUCAAAAAUAUCACACAACAAUCAUUCACGAGAAAGACUGUUUAGUGUGCACGAGAUACAUAAUUGUAUGAGCCGCAGCGAAUCCCGCAAAUUCUUCUCUGCAGUGUAAAGAUGCUCAUACCGGGCAAAAGGUGGAUAAAGAACGUCUGUGGAAAUUGAUCAUCACUAAUUCUACCCUAGGUCUGCUACAGCAUUUUAGCUCAGCUAAAGUUAGGGCAGCUUAAGUUAGCCUAAUGUUAGACAAUGAAUGAGUGUGUACAUAACGUUACUUUUAUAACAACCAUUUUUUAUUCAGUAAAUAAUAAGUAAGUGUUAUAGAUGGUGUGGCCCAGGUGCCAACUGACUGACGUCACACAGGCGACACUGGUUGGAUCCGGUUGGAUCUCUGGGAAGUGAGGUCCAAAAUCACACCUGCAAUUACUGCUUUUCGUCAUUGGUACCGCCAAAGAGAACGAAACAGAAAUCUUCGAGAUUGUAACUUUAAGUAAUAGACUACUUUUCAGAUAAAAACUUGAUCAAGGGUCUCUGGGAUUACCUGGAGAGCCAGAAGCAAGCAAAACAAAAUCUGCAGAAGAACUGUGGCAAGUUCUCCAAAAUGCUUGGAACAACCUACCAGCCGAUUUUCUUAUAAAACUGCAGGACAACUGCAGGAUUGAUUUUAUUUAGUUUUUAACUAUUUACUGCUCUUUAUCUUAUUUUUUCGAUAUUUAUAACCUUUAAUUUCAUUAUUUUUGAAAGCAUCUUAGCUGUACAGCAUUUUUUUUACAGGUGCCUAAGACUUUUGCACAGUACUGUAUAUAUAUAUAUGUGUGUGUUGUGAUCUAAAGCUGUUUUGCAUCUCUUAAUGGUAACCUUUAAUGAUGGCAGCCAAUGCUGCACCAUUGUGUAUAAGUCAUCACCUGAUCCCUCCUUUAUAGAGGUCAUCCUCAUUGGAUUCAUCAGAAUGUCUCUCUAAUGCAUCAAAAUGUCCCCCUAAUCCCUCAGAAUGGCCUCCUACAAUACAGCUGCUUCUUAAUAUGAAAAUUGAUUGUAUAUAUAUGUAUGUAUGUGUAAUAUAUACAGUAUAUGGACAAUUACUAUGGUUGUAAUCUUUGAUCAAGUCAGUACUGUAGGUGCACAUAGUUUUGGACAGAGUGGAUGUGAGCACUUUGCCAAACAAGGCUUGAAAAUGGAGACAGUCUGCAAAUAUGAAUGGCUGGGUCUUGUGUCACGAACAUGUUCAUCAGAGGUGCUAUCUCUCAUUUAUGUUAAUUUAAAAAGAAUUUAACUCUUUAAGAAUUUUAAUGUGCUCACUCCAAAAAGCUGCUGCAUGUUGUUCUGUCCAGAUAAUAUACAAAUCACUGUCUUCGAUCUUCUGACAUGUCACUAAACUGGUCAAGGACACUGCAUACAGGCUAUCCACUGAGGAGAUAAGGGUGCCAAGUUUACUCACACAUAUGUACUGAACAUUAAGGAAAAAAGCAAGGAAAAUCAGAAACCCAGGGCAAAAAUAUGACUUUUCAGACACAAGACCUACGGUUGUGAGCAGCCAACAGAACAGUAAUUUAGUCCAUCACAGGUGUUUGCUUUUAAAAGUUAGCUGUGUAAAACUGGCAUUGUGUAAAACUGGCACUAUUUGUGAUGCUGAUUGAAAUUAUAAUAGCCCUAGCAAGGAAUAGUAGUAAAUCAGGUCUGGACGUUUUAGUGUGUCCCGCAUACCCAACCCUGCACUAAAGGGUGUGAUUUGUUUUCCAAUUGAGUGGGUGUGGGCUUGGAAUUACAGACCGAGAUACUUACAUCUCCAUCAUUGUCUUGAAUUGAGCAUAUUAUAUCCUGCUCCCCGCUGCUUUGUUGGUUCACACAGCUGGGACGUACUAGAUGAAUUAUAGGCGCCUCUGAAAAAGGGGGCUGAUCUGCUUAUGUGACAGGCGUAUGACAUCAGCAUACAUAUCUAUCUCUGUGGUAUAUUUGCUUUGCUCUAACUACGUAGCCAGCGCUCUGACUGCACUGUGAAUGUGCAACAUGAUUGGCAGGUAGGCUAGCCUCCUUGCAGAGAGCUGUCCUGAUUGUUUUUUAAGAUUCAGGCAUGGUGAAAUUUAGAGUGGCUGAUUUCAGAGACUGGAGUUUUUCUUAAAGCUUAUAAUUUAUUGAUAUCUGUCAGGAUGUAAAGGAAAUUUAACCAAAUAUGAAACGUACAUACUACACCUUUAAUUAUGAUGUCAUCACAUUCAUUUUUCAAGCUGAAUCAGGCAAUCCUCUUCUUUGUUACAGUUAUGCAUAUCUCAUCUUCCCCAGAACUAUGCAAUAAUGGCUGGGUUCUUGUAACAUGAUGGCUGCCUCAUUCUGUACUGUUCUUCAGUGUCUUAAUAUUUAAAGUAAAAAUUAAAAAAAGAGUUCUAAGUGUAAUGGGGUUUCCUGUGUUUGAUUAUGGGUGGUAUUUAGGCAGCGGUCACCUUGGCUCCAUGUGGACUGUUCAUCAGACUGUUUAGCUUUUGAAAGGUUGUGACAUUUGACCAAUGGCAACAGUUAUACCACACGAUAGCCUGUCCUCACCAAAAGGCUGAAGUGAAGUAAAACAAAGACAGCCGUUACGCUGCAUGACUGGACCACCGAGCAUUUGUUGGCGUGUGUCCCCAAAAUACAUAUUCCUUCCCUGACCACUGAUGGCCGAGAUAUAGAGUAUAAUCCAAUUAUAUUUAAUUUUAUCUGAAUUUCCUAAAAUUUAUAUAAUUAACAGUGCCUUUUUUUCUUUUUCUUUUUUUACUUGGCUAUGUAAUUUUCAAGCUAAGUAAACCUCUGUUGUAAUGUUCUUGCUCAUGCAUUCUUCACACAGCUGAAGUGCAUCUCAUGAGGGCACAUGCAAGACUUGUCCUGUAAAACAUAUCAAAUUGUGCUUGUUAUUAUGCACUACAGAACAUUUUAUUAGCAGUUCUUUAAUAGUUCAUAUAAACAGACCAUUACCACAUUCCAACACGCACUCAUGCAGAGGCAUGCAGCGUAAAGGUGAUGAUGGACUUGCUUUUGGAAUACUUCCUGAAUUAAACUUGUUUGACUGGAAUAUCCAGGAAGUGUGCAACAGAGGUGAACCUUUAACAAUGGCAGAGAGACCACUUCUCACGGAGUUCCUUCGCUGUCAUGUUUGUUCUGAAAUUUUCAAAGACCCUGUGUCUCUUCACUGCAACCACAGCUUCUGUAAAAUGUGUAUUUAUCGGUUAUGGGAGAAGAAAAAUAUCAGAAACUGCCCCAUUUGUAACAGAAGAUCUUCUAUGACUCAGCCUGAUGUGAAUUUUAGCCUGAAAGUGCUCGCAGACUCGUAUGUACAGAGGAAGGAAUCGGAAGCAGGUGAAGAGAAGGAGGUAGACUUCAGUAAAGAGAGAGUUACUGAAGAGGAGAUAGUGAAAGUCUUUCGUAAAGAGGGAUCUGUUGGAGGAGUGGAGAGAGUGACGAUGUGCAACAAACACACGGAGAGGCCCAGGUGGUUCUGUGUGGACGAGAGGAUGGCUUUGUGUCCUCUCUGUGAAUCUGAACAUCACUCCACUCACAAAAUAAUCUCUCUGGAGGAGUCUGUGUCUGACCUGAAGGAAAAGCUUAAAAGAAGCCUCAAACCUGUGCAGGAUCAACUAGUAAAGUGCCAAAAAUUCAAAACCCAAUAUGAGAAAGUGGUACAAUGCACAAAGAAACAAGCAUUGGUAACCGAGAAGCAGAUUAAGGCAGAGUUUGAGAAGCUCCACCAGUUCCUGCGAGAGGAAGAGGAGGCCAGACUGGCAGCACUGAGGGAGGAAGAGAAGAAGAAGGGGGAGGCUAUCAUUGAAGAGCUCAAGAAGAUCCAGGAGCAGAUCUCGUGUCUCUCAGAUAGGAUCAGCACAGUGGAACAGGAACUGAAGGAACAGCAUGUGCCGUUCCUUAAGAAGUUCAGCCAGACCUCAGUGAGAGCCCAGUGCACACUGCAGGAUCCAGAGCUGCUCUCAGGGGCACUGAUAGAUGUGGCCAAACACCUGGGCAACCUGAAGUUCAGAGUCUGGGAGAAGAUGCUGGAGAUGGUGCAGUACACUCCUGUGACCUUGGACCCAAACUCUGCACAUCCCAGACUUUCUUUGUCUGAUGACCUAACCAGUGUGAGAUACGCUGACAUUACACAGCCACUUCCUGACAACCCAGAGAGGUUUAAUUACUGUGUGAACGUGUUGGGCUCAGAGGGGUUUACCUCAGGGAAACACAGCUGGGAGGUGGACGUGAAGAACAAACCUCAGUGGACCAUAGGAGUGGCUAAAGAGUCUAUCGGCAGGAAGGGACAGGUCACAUGCAGCCCACUGAGGGGAUACUGGGUUCUGUUGCUGAGGGAUGGCGAUCAGUAUUACUCGGCUUCUGGAAGACACCUCACCCUUGAGAGGAAACCCCAGAAGAUCAGAGUGGAGCUGGACUAUGACAGGGGAGAGGUGUCCUUCUUCGACCCCAGUGACAUGUCGCAUAUUUACACUUUUAUAGAUACUUUUACAGAGAGGGUCUUCCCAUAUAUAUCUCCCUGUGGAAAUGACGAUGGCAGUAACCCUGGAGCUCUGCAGAUAUGCCCAUUGAAGGUUUCUAUAACAGUGGUGCCACUACAAUGAUGCUGUUGUUCAGAGUGAUAUCAGAAAAAAAUAUUUACUGCGAUGACUGUCUAUUCUGUGUCCAGAUUUAAAUCACUUUUGAAGACCAACCUUUCCAGAAUUGUUUUUAAAUUUUCUGUAAUGACAUGUAUUAUCAUACUUGGCUGUAGUUAUUUGUUUUGGUUUUCUUAUUUUGAAAAAUAACAGAAAUAAAUAAAAUCUCCUUGAUGCAAAGCACUCUGUGAACAGACUGUUGAAAGGGGUUAUAUAAGUCCAGUCAAUCUUUUAUUAUUAAAAUCAAUUAAUUGAGUGUGUAUAGCAAGACAAGUAAGAAGGGCAGUUAGGAGCACCUGUAAGGUAAGAAAAAACGAUUAACAUGACAGUUAAUUUGAACUUAAAACAGACAAGGUAAGGGAACUGACUACUGUUAACUGUCAUGGUUCUGUGUUUUCCUGUCUGUGUUUCCCUUGUUGGGCCGCCAGAUGGCGGCACUUCUGUUUUGUGUCCUGCUCCCCCCUGUUAAUUGUAUGAUUGUUUUCAAUUGUCUCGUUAUUCCAUCAUUGUCCCCACCUGUGUCUUGUGAUCCCCUCUUCUGGUUUGAUUGUUUUUUGAGUUCACCUGUGUCUUGUUACCCCCUGUCUAUUUAAGUUCUUUGUUCCCUUGACUCGGGUGCUGGUUCCUUGUGUUUGUUUCCUAGUUAUGUUUGCGCCGACCAUUUGUACCUGCCCUUGUACUCUGCCUGCCUGUGUUCUGCCCUGCCCGUGUUUUUGUGAGUUCUUCUUGUUUUCUGUUUUAUUAGAUAUUUUUUGAGUUUGUGUUUUUGCCCAUCGUGGCCUUUUCUGUUCCCUGCUUGUUUGCCUUUUUUGUUAGUAAAGUUUUUGG